ACUCCCUCCGGCCCCUCGCAGCAUCCCGUGUCGCUGGCCCUUAACGGUCCCUGCUGACUCUGUCACAACCUCUGUCGCGCUGUGAUCUACACUGGUCGUGGGAAUCGUAGCAGGGACUCAGGGAGACCCAGGAAACCUAGAUAUGCACCUAGGCUUUUAAGAUACAACUGGACUGAAGGAAAUGAUGUGAAUAAGGCAAGAUUGAUUGUGGAAAUAAAUAGAAUUUUGCUUCCAUUCAGGCAAGACAACCUGAAGAUGUGAGAUGGAUGUUUUUAAGUCUCAGCAGGGUACAGCUCACAGUGGCCCACACUGGGAUCAAACCCGCCACCUUGGUGUUAUUCACACCAUGCUCUAAACCAACUGAGCUAACAGGCCACCCUAUAAAUUUUUUAUGGUCUCCAUUUUUAUAUCAUUUAGUGUUUAAUGGAUUAAAGUGUGGAGUGGUUUCUUAUGUAGAAAAGGACUCAGUGGCCUUUGAGGAUGUGGCUGUGACCUUCACACUGGAGGAGUGGGCUCUGCUGGAUCCUUCACAGAAGAAACUCUACAGAGAUGUGAUGAGGGAAACCUUCAGGAACCUGGCCUCAGUAGGAAAAACAUGGGAAGAUCCUGACAUUGAAGAUCAGUACAUAAACCAGGGGAGAAAACUAAGAAAUCAUAUAGUGGAGAGACUCUGUGAAAGUAAAGAGAAUAGUCAGUGUGGAGAAAACUUCAACCUUAUUUCAAAUUUCAAUCUGAAGAAGAAAAUUGAAGUAAAACCCUAUGUGCGAAGUUCAUGUGGAAAAGUCUUUGUGUAUCAUUCAUCUCUUGGUAAACUCACCAAAUGUCACACUAGACACAAGUCCUCUGAGUAUCUGAAAUAUGGAGAGAAGCCGUAUAAAUGCAACAUAUGUGGGAGAGCCUUUAGUUAUCUCCAGUGUUUUCGACAACAUGAAAGGACUCACAAUGGAGAGAAAACCUAUAAAUGUAAGGAAUGUGAGAAAGUCUUCAUGUGCCUCAAAACCCUUCGAAAACACGUGAUAACACACACUACAGAUUCUCCUUAUAAAUGUAAGGAGUGUGAGAAAGUCUUCAGUUGCUCAAGUUCACUCCGAUUACAUGAAAGAACACACACUGGAGAGAAACCCUAUGAGUGUAAACAGUGUGGUAAAGCCUUCGGUAUUCCUAGUUCUCUUCGAAUGCAUGAAAUAACUCACAGUGGAGAGAAACCCUAUGAAUGUAAGGAAUGUAGAAAAGCCUUCAGAUAUUACCAAAGUUUUCAAACACAUGAAAGAAAUCACACUGGAGAGAAACCCUAUGAAUGUAAAAAAUGUGUCAAAGCAUUUAGUUGUCUCAGUUAUCUUCGAAAACAUGAAAGAACUCACAUUGUAGAAAAACCUUAUGAAUGUAAAAUAUGUGGUAAAGCAUUCAGGUAUCCCAGUUAUCUUCAAAUUCAUGAAAGAACUCACACUGCAGAGAAACCCUAUGAAUGUAAAAUAUGUAGUAAAGCAUUUAGUUGUCUCAGUUAUCUUCGAAAACAUAAAAAAACUCAUACUGGAGAGAAACCUCAUGGAUGUAAGGAAUGUGGAAAAGCCUUCAGAUGUUAUCAAAGUCUUCAAACACAUGAAAGAAGUCACACUGGAGAGAAACCCUAUGAAUGCCAAAUAUGUAGUAAAGCAUUCAGGUGUCUCAGUGAUCUUCGAAGACAUGAAAGAACUCAUACUGCAGAGAAACCCUAUGAAUGUAAAAUAUGUCAUAAAGCAUUUAGGUGCCCCAGUUAUCUUCAAAUACAUGAAAGAAAUCACACAGGAGAGAAACCCUAUGAAUGCAAAAUAUGUAGUAAAGCAUUCAGAUAUCCCAGUUAUCUUCAAAUACAUGAAAGAACUCACACUACAGAGAAACCCUAUGAAUGUAAAAUAUGUAGCAAAGCAUUUAGAUGUCUGAGUUAUCUUCGAACACAUGAAAGAACUCAUAAUGGAGAGAAACCCUAUGUGUGUAAAAUAUGUAGUAAAGCAUUUAGGUAUCUCAGUUAUCUUCAAAUACAUGAAAGAACUCAUACUGGAGAGAAACCCUAUGAAUGUAAGGAAUGUGGGAAAGCCUUUAGUUAUCACACAAACUUUCGAAGACACCUGACAAUGCACACUGGAGAGAAACCAUAUAAAAGUACAGAAUGUGGGAAUGUCUUCAGUUAUCCCAGUUCCUUUCUAAUGCAUGAAAGGACUCACUGGAUAAAACCUAUUGAAUGUAAACAGCAUGGGAAAGACUUGCAUUGGCCCACAACCUUACAUGUGAAACUUCCCAUGGAAAAAAAUAAAAAUGUUACAUGAGAGAAAGCGUGAUAGAAAUUAAUCCAUGUAUAAUGGGCCAGAAAACUUUCAAUAUGAAACAGUUCUCAUUAAAGUUGCAGAUACAUUGUGUUUGUUAAACCUUUCUCUUAAAGUGCAUUAUUGGACCUUGUAUUUCUACUAAUUGCUUUCAGAAAUGAAUAUUCAGUUGCGACAAUUAUGAGAGUAGUCUUUCAACAAUUGUACAUAAGAUAAUUAUUGUUUUUUCUUGAAAUGUUUAUUAAGAUUUCUCUCCACUUUGAAAUAUAUUUCUUACAUGCAGUGAGGUUAAAUUUUUUUAAAUGGUUUUUGUUGUUGUUCUGUGUUAAGGGGUCAUUUAAAAAGAACAGUAUUGUAGUUGGAUUUCCCUAGUGUCUUUAUGGCAAUCCUUUAUAUCCCUAAAUUAGUAUAUAUAUUCUACCUUUUCCUCUGAUAAAGCUCCUUUUUGGAGGUGAUGGAUACAAGUGUUUUUCCAUUUUUGAUAGUGAUAAAUAGUUCAAAUAAAUUUUAUGUAUGGCAAUUUUAUGAAACUGCCAUAGUUUCAUGCGAAUAUUAUUUUUAUAUUUGUACCUUUGCUUUGUGUUCUUCCUUCUGACCUGUAUCUGGUGAAUUGACUUUGAUUUAAGAAGAGUGACCUGUAAUAGGGCAACAAAAUCUACAGUUGGAAAUACUCUACACCCCCACCCCACCACCCCACCCCCUUAGAUAAUGUUAGGAACUUGAUUUUCCAGAAUCCAUCCCAUUUAUGGUUCCAGGUUAGAAUUCCUUAAUAGAGUCACUUGCUUUAUAUUUGGAAGGCAAAAACUAAGAAAGCAUUAGUCAUAUUUUGAAAACACUAUUUGGACAGACAGAUACAUAGGAUCUUGAAGGACACCAUCUUACAAACUUAAUUUGUAAGAAGCUCCAGUCAGUCAUAUUAGUAAGAAAAGGGCAAUAAUGAUCAUUUUUAUGAUUUGGAAUGAUCUCUUUUAUCAUUUUUAAAAACAUGGUGCAAAAUAUAUUUUUGUCUUGGUCCAUCAUAGGGACCAAGAACCUUUGAAGAAGGAGUUAUGUGAUAUCUUUCUCUUCAAUAGGAUAAGACUUGGCUUUACAAAGAUUGCAGGCCAGCUCUCAGUCCUCCGAAAGGGCUUAUUAUGCCUUUGGUACUUAUUAUCUGAACACCGAUGUAUUUCCUACGGUGUAUUAGACACCAUUUACCAUAAGUACCUCCAUUAAAAUAUAUAAAUUCACUUCUUAGUAUACUACAUAAUAUAUUUUUUUUAAGAUUUUAUUGGGGAAGGGGAACAGAACUUUAUUAGGGAACAGUGUAUACUUCCAGGACCUUUUCCAAGUCAAGUUGUUGUCCUCUUGAUCUUAGUUGUGGAGGGCGCAGGUCAGCUCUAGGUCCAUUUGCCAUUAUUAGUUGCAAAGGGCACAGCCCACCAUCCCUUGCAGGAGUCCAAAUGGCAACCUUGUGGUUGAGGGGACAC